CGCAGCUCCUCCCUCGUCCACUUCCUCCUCCUCCAUCCCGUCCUCGCCUGCGUUUUCGCUGCGGAUUGGAGCGGCAAGGGCGCACUUCCCAGGCGGGAUCUCUCAGGCUGCGGCCUGACGAUGCCGGAGGCAAAUGCGGGUGCGGUGGCGCAGGCGGAGCAGAGGAAGAAGAAUUCACCAGAGAUGGAUUUCUUCAGUGAAUAUGGCGAUGCCAACAGAUACAAAAUUCAGGAAAUAAUUGGCAAAGGAAGCUACGGGGUUGUUUGCUCAGCUAUUGACCAACAAACUGGUGAGAAGGUAGCAAUCAAGAAAAUACAGAAUAUCUUUGAGCAUCUGUCCGAUGCUGCUAGGAUCCUCCGAGAGAUCAAGCUCCUCCGGCUUCUAAGGCAUCCUGAUAUUGUUGAGAUCAAACAUGUAAUGUUACCUCCAUCGAGGAGGGACUUCAGAGAUAUUUAUGUUGUUUUUGAGCUGAUGGAUACCGACCUUCACCAAGUUAUUAAGGCUAAUGAUGACUUAACAAAGGAACACCAUCAGUUCUUUCUCUAUCAGAUGCUGCGUGCGUUGAAAUAUAUUCAUACUGCUAAUGUUUAUCAUCGUGAUUUAAAGCCAAAAAAUAUACUAGCAAAUGCUAACUGCAAACUCAAGAUAUGUGAUUUCGGAUUAGCAAGGGUUGCGUUUAAUGACUCUCCUACCACAGUCUUCUGGACGGACUAUGUUGCUACUAGAUGGUACAGGGCUCCUGAGCUGUGUGGGUCUUUCUUUACUAAGUAUUCACCAGCUAUUGAUAUGUGGAGCAUUGGUUGCAUUUUUGCGGAGAUUUUGACUGGAAAGCCUUUAUUCCCUGGUAAAAAUGUUGUUCACCAAUUGGAUUUGAUGACUGAUCUCUUGGGCACACCAUCAGCAGAUACUAUUUCACAGAUUCGGAAUGAGAAAGCAAGGAGGUACCUUAACAGUAUGAGGAAGAAACAGCCAAUACCCUUUUCACAGAAGUUCCCCAAUGCAGAUCCUUCGGCGCUCAAGCUCUUGCAAAGGCUUCUAGCAUUUGAUCCUAAGGAUCGACCAACAGCUGAAGAGGCAUUGGCUGAUCCUUAUUUUAAAGGCAUUGCAAAAGUGGAGAGGGAACCAUCCUGCCAGCCAAUUUCGAAAAUGGAAUUUGAGUUUGAACGGAGAAAGUUUACUAAAGAGGACGUCAAGGAACUUAUAUUCCAGGAGAUACUGGAAUACCACCCUCAACUUCAAAAGGAUUACAAGAACGGUUCUGAAAAAACAAGUUUUCUAUAUCCCAGUGCUGUUGACAAUUUCCGGAGGCAGUUUGCUAGCUUAGAAGAAAAUGAAGGGAGGAAUGCCACAGUCGACAGGAAGCAUGUUUCUCUCCCAAGGACGACAACCGUUCACUCCACUCCAAUUCUUGCAAAGGAAGGUCCGGCUGCAACGUCCCAGGUUCCUCAAAGGAUUCCAACAGCUAGACCAGGAAGAGUGGUUGGCCCAGUAUUACCAUUCGAGAAUGUAAGUGCUGUCGAUCAACACAUCACGCGACGGGCGGCUAGGAAUCCAGCUGCUCCUUCAGCAACCAACAACUCAUCAGUCUACUGCUACCACCUGAAGUCGGACAGCUCGGACAGGCAGGAGCAUCAGCUAGAGCUUGAAAAAGACCGGAUGCAAUAUAGGCCAGGGCAGCAUGCCAUGGAAGCCAAGGUAGCACCUGAGAUGGUCCGGGACAUGCGGCCGUCGCCGUACUAUGUCUCGAGGGGUGUACCCAAAGCUGAUCUGACAGAAAGGGCCGCCCUCCAAAGGAGCAUGAUGCACAACGUUGCUUCCUUCAAUGGCAUCACGGCCGGUGGGUACAGCAAGGCCGGCAUUCUUCACUAUGGAGUUACAAGCUUGUACUAAAGCAGUGGCCCUGGGAGGAUAAUAAGAUGGGAACCGGAGUGCAGCUCCAGCUGCCCCUUCCCCCCAGCUGGAAGUUCAGAGCACGGACGGGAGUGCAUACCUGAUCAACGAUGCAGGCGUCCGGAAAGGAUUUUCAGGCUGGGAAAAUGGCGAGCGCCACAUUUCGUUGCUCUUGUUUGGUGAGCAAUGGGCCAGUGAUCUCGCGCCAAUGUUGUGAUCUUCCUGAUGCCGCAAAGAGUGAAGAGGAGGGCGGGGUUGAAAUUCUCACAGCCCCUUUCGAAGGAAGGGGAAGAAUUACCCAUCUUAAAAAAGGGGGUGGGGAAAAAAAUGUGGAUAUGUGUACAGUACAACACUGAAUUUUGUAUUUAACCAUUUGGAACGUUCUGCUUCCAGUUCUGCACAUUUAAAUCAUAUCAUGAUGUUUAUAGGUUCUACAA